AUGACGACAGAACACGAGUACGACUAUGAUCCGAGUAACACCGCACGCGUUGAAGACCCAUGGAGUACAGCUUUCUUGUCUCAACGGGACCUAUCUCUUCAAGUCCCUAUCAACUAUGUGACCGCACCGGGGGUCUCGCUCACCGCGGCAUGCUUCGCUCAUAACCAGUAUGAAGACCGGGCAGCAAGCCUCUGUCUUUCUAACCUCCUAGCAGCGGGCUUCAGAAGGCUCGUCAUCGACCUUUACUGGGAUGCAGGCCGGGCGGUAUGGAGCCUCUGUCCUGCACAGCUACCCUUCGUGCCUGCUGAGGAUGAUAUGCAAACAAGCGCGACACUAGUUUCAUCCACGUCUACGAAUUCCUUUCAGAGCGCUACCCUCAGUAAUGGCGCACCAGAUCGAAGUGCUCCACUCUCCCUUCUUGUGCCAACUCAAUCAGCGGGUUCUAGUCCCUUGCAGGCUCGUCAGGCAUCUACAACAAGCACUAUUGUCAGGAAUAUAUCCACAGAGGACACCAACCUCAGCUCCGUCUCCUCAUCCUCGAUAGCAGGCAACCUUACCAGUGGCACUACAACGAGCUCCACGGUUAUCCCAUUGCCAACUUCGGUAACCCCAAACGGGCAAAUGCUGAUUGAAGUUGGCCCGUACAAUUGCACCCGAACAGUCGGGCUUCCCUUGCUCACAGGGAUCCUAAGAGACUAUUUUGACGACACCGAUACCACAUUGCAGGCUACUAUACACUACUUGGUCUUCAACAUCCAUGCAGCGGUAUCCCAAUCGUCACCCUUGGAGCCCGCUGAAGCGCCAGUUGCUGAUGCUCUACCGAACUCUGACAGUCUACUUGGUACGUUCCUAAAUGCGAACCUGUCCGCCUGGCUUUACACGCCUGAGUCACUCCAGCAAGGCCGUGCCGAUAUCAACUCAACCUGGUAUACCGGACUCCGGUCCACCAGACCAGAUUCGGUGUACUAUAGCACGGCAAUGCGGCAGGCUAACGUGGCUACGAGCUCCGACGGUUGGCCGGGGACAGGAUACCUGGUGUUCGGCCGGUAUCUUCGAGCUCUCGCUGGUUUUGGUAGAGUCGAUCCUCAGAUGGCCGAGUAUAACUUCACCGGUGAUAGCCGUAUCCUUUUCCCACCGGGAUACAUUCAAGAUCUCCGCGGUACAACCUUCGGUGCCACAGGUCAACUGACAAGUGGAUGCGUCUUUGAUCCAGAUGCUUCUACCGUCUCAGCGGUAAACUCAUCGUGGGCGCUCUCCUCUAACAUCAGGGUACCGGAACUUGGCAGUGGCUCUUACAACACCACGAUAGCAUCUGUUUCUAAUCUUACCUCUUGUGGUCUUUCUCUCCUCCUCAACCAGACGCUUUUGAACAGCACAGCCGGGGAGAACAUCACUUUCUACAAAUCGAUCGCUUACAGCUCCAUCUGGUCAUGGGCCACUGGCGAGCCUCGCAACAUCACCAACAAUGAAGACUCUGAAGGUAGAGACCGCUGCGCGCUCAUGUAUGUCAAUGAAACCGGCCGCUGGCGCGUUACCAGAUGCUCCGAGCGCCACCGCGCUGCCUGCCGCGUUAACAACCAGCCCUAUGUCUGGCGCGUAUCUUCGGAUGAGGCUAGCUACAGUUCCAGUGGCAACAGCUGUCCGGACGGUUCUAGCUUCGCUGUUCCACGCACUGCACUGGAAAGCACGUACCUCCUGGAUGCGGCUAGGCAAACCGCUGAGGACAGGAAUGCCACCAUAUGGGUCAACUUCAAUGCGCUGGAUGAAGCCGGCUGCUGGGUCUCGGGCAUCAAUUCGACAUGUCCUUACGUGAACGAUGAGGAAGCGGAUCGGACGAGAGUGGUGGUGGUGCCGACGGUGGCUGCUGUCAUCGUCUUUGUGUUGGCAGCAUUAACGGUCUUUGUGAAGUGCGCUGCUAAUAGGCGGAACUCAAGGAGAGGGAGGAGGAGGAAAGGGGAUGAUGGGUGGGACUAUGAGGGCGUACCAUCCUGA